AUACACGUUUUCAUCAAAUUGAUUAGAUUAAUCAUGUCAUUAUUAUUGUCACGUGACCACAAAGUCAUGUGAACUGCGAAGCGGAAGUUUGGUCAGAGCCAACAUGGCGGUGGUGCAGAAUAGUCCUCUCUGAAAUAUCCUGAAGUUAACAUUUUAUAUUUGAAAUAUUUUACCCGUAGAACUUGUUCUUAAGUAGCAUUUGUAAUUAAAGCAACAAAAUGGAGUUUGAAUAAAAUUCACAGCUCGGUGUGACGAAGACAUUAUCUGUAGCGGCGGCAGCGAGAAGAAAGAAGCGAGAGCCCUUACUCAUCUUCCCAGCAGCGGCCAUGUCUCUGGGCGAGUCGGCGUCGGACGCGGUGCCGUUCUUCUCCGAUGAGAGCGAGGCAGAGGGUCCUGAUGAGCAGGGUGGGGGGGCUCCACGGCCGCAGGAGGAGGAGGAGGCGAGCGGCGUGUCGAAGGUCCGAGCUCUGCUGACCGUCUUCAUCCUCUGCUACAUCAACCUGCUCAACUACAUGGACCGCUUCACUGUGGCAGGUGUUCUCCCCGACAUCGAACAGUAUUUUCAGAUUAAUGAUGAGAAGUCCGGCCUCCUCCAAACAGUUUUUAUCUGCAGCUACAUGUUCCUGGCUCCGGUGUUCGGUUACCUGGGCGACAGGUACAACAGGAAGUACAUCAUGAGCAUUGGCAUCUUGUUCUGGUCCAUGGUGACUCUUGCCAGCUCCUUCACCCCUAAAGAGCAUUUCUGGGCCCUGCUGCUGACCCGGGGCCUGGUCGGCGUCGGAGAGGCCAGUUACUCCACCAUCGCUCCCACCAUCAUCGCUGACCUCUACGUGAAGGGAAAGAGGACAAACAUGCUCUCCAUCUUCUACUUCGCAAUCCCUGUUGGCAGCGGGCUGGGAUACAUCGUGGGGUCGCAGGUUGGAAACGUAGCGCAUGACUGGCACUGGGCUCUGCGGGUGACCCCGGGGCUAGGUCUGAUUGCUGUGGUGCUACUGCUGCUCGUGGUGCAGGAGCCCAAAAGAGGAGCCAUCGAAGCCCGACAUGACAUGCACCACACCAGCUGGCUGACCGACGUCAAGGUGCUCAGCAAGAACCGCAGCUUCGUGCUGUCCACCUUUGGCUUCACGGCCGUGGCGUUUGUCACCGGCUCCCUGGCCCUGUGGGCCCCGACCUUCCUCUUCAGAGCCGCUGUGUUCAACGGGGAGAGGCCGCCCUGUGUGGAGGGAAACUGCGCCUCCACAGAAAGUUUGAUCUUUGGCACCAUCACUGUGGUUACGGGGUUGCUGGGCGUGGCAAGCGGCGUGAUGAUAAGCAGGAAGCUGCGCACGAGGACACCCCGUGCCGACCCGCUGGUCUGCGCCGCUGGCCUGCUCCUUUCCGCUCCCUUCCUCUACCUCGCCAUCGUCUUCGCUCAGGCCAGCACCGUCGCCACAUACAUCUUCAUCUUCCUCGGAGAGACCUUCCUGUCCAUGAACUGGGCCAUCGUGGCUGACAUCCUGCUGUACGUGGUGGUUCCGACGCGGCGCUCCACAGCUGAGGCUUUGCAGAUCGUCAUCUCUCAUCUGCUGGGAGAUGCCGGGAGUCCCUACCUCAUCGGAGUGGUGUCGGACUCCCUGAGGAAGACGGACUCCUUCCUGUGGCAGUUCCGCUCCCUGCAGCUCUCCCUGCUGCUCUGCUCCUUCAUAGCCGUGAUCGGCGGAGGCUUCUUCCUCUGCACCGCGCUCUUCAUUGAGCAUGACCGCAACCGUGCCGAGAACUACGUCCCCACAGAUGACGAGCCGAUCGUCGUGCCGAAGAGCGGCCGCUCCACCAGAGUCCCAGUAUCUAGCGUGCUGAUCUGAAAACAGAUUUUAUUAUUAGGUAUUUAAUAUUUUUUAGGACCGAUCGAACUAUCUGCCAUGCAGAAUAGCUUAUGGACAUGUUUAUAUUUUAAUUCUGAACUUUUUUAAAAUAUAAUUUACCGUGCCCGGGAACAUCAGAACUUUUUAUUUUUGGAUGAAGCUUGUUGGAAAUGUUUCAGAGCGGCAUGACACUGAAAGACUCUCCUAGGAGCAGUUGCGCAUCUUUGAACUGUAAUUAUUAUUUUGUACCUUCAGCAGCUGGUCUGGGAUCAGCUGGAGAUCCAGAAAACACAAAGACAAUAUUCAUAUUCUCUGUAUCCAAAAAACUGAAAGCAUUGUGAACCCUGGGGUUAUUUUGUAUCCAGAAGACGCUUUAUUAAUCUAUUCAUAACCAAGUAUUUGUAUCUCGUUUUAAUUAUAACACUAGCAAAACUAUAAAACCUUUUUUAUCCAUCUGUUUUUCAAUGUCAACCCUGGUUUUACUUUAAAAUGUGUCCGAUGAUAAAGGGAGUUUUAAGAGCGGGGACAUUUUAGUUCUACUUUGGUUUACCUCGCAGCUAAGAUAACGAAGGAAAACAUUUUUCCCACAGUUUGUGUCCGCAGGUAGAGCACACGCUGCGGAACCCCUUGUUUUAUUUACAUGUUAAAUUCAUGUUUGCAAGCAAAGUUUGUACUUGCGCUCAAAUUAUUUUAGCAAACCUUUUUGUGAAAUAUUAAACAGGAAUGAACUUGUCAAAUGUCUGUGUGUGUUUGCACUUGAUGGAACGUUUCAUUUUCGUCUGGGUCAGCGUUCUUAUGAUACAAGAUGAUAACACAUGUUUAUGCAGCUGUAUUUAUAAUUAAAAAUCUAAAAUCAGA